CCAAAAGCACACAGCAAUAAGUUUCCAGCAGCGAGCAGUGCGCUCCGCAGAUCGCUUCUCCGCCGAUUGUCGUGAAAACCAGCUCCCAGCCCUCUCCCGGCGAAAGGAAAUGAAGAGGAGGCUGCAUAAGAAGUACUUGGUAUUAAUUCUGGCUUAUUCAGGUCUACUUUUGCUAAUCCCGUACGUUUUAGAUUACCGGGAUAAAUCGGCACAGAAUGCCAAACUGCCGCAGCAGCAGCCCAGAUGCCCAGACCUGGAAAACACGGUGGCGCUCCUCUGGGAUAACGGCUACAAAGCCAACGGCAGCGAAGCGGCGGAGAGCCCGGCGGCGAACAGGAGCCUGUCUCGGACCCACAUCUACCUGCAUGCCACCUGGAGGACCGGCUCGUCGUUUCUGGGGGAGCUGUUCAACCAGCACCCGGACGUUUUCUACCUGUACGAGCCCAUGUGGCACAUCUGGCAGGCUCUGUACCCCGGGGAUGCGGGCAGCCUGCAGGGCGCGGUGCGGGACAUGAUGAGCUCCCUGUACCGCUGUGACUUCUCCGUCCUCAAACUGUACGCCGGCUCGCAGAACAUCACUACAUCCUUCAUAUUCGGCUGGAAAAUGAACAAGGUGAUCUGCUCCGAGCCGCUGUGCGAUGCGCACAGGCGCCACGAGAUCGGGCUGGUGAGAGAGGACCGGUGCGCCAAGUGCCAGAAAAGAGACCUGAGGGACCUGGAGAGGGAAUGCAGGAAGUAUCCGGUGAUGGUGAUCAAAGGGGUCCGCGUUUUGGACAUGAGCACCCUGGUUCCUCUCAUGAGGGACCCGGCGAUCAACCUGCAGAUCAUCCAGCUCUUCAGGGACCCGCGGGCUGUGCACAACUCGCGACUGAAGUCCAAACAGGCCCUGGUGAAGGAGAGCAUCCAGGUGCUGCGCAGCAAGAAGCAGAACGACAAAUACAAGCGGCUGCUGGUGCCCAGCAACAGGAUGAACCGGGCGGAGAGCUACGUUGCCAGCGCCAUGGAGCUCAUCUGCGACAACUGGCUCAGCGACAUGAUGCUGGUGAUAAACGCUCCCCCCUGGGUGAGGAGGAACUACCUGCGCCUUCGUUACGAAGAUCUGGUCCAGCAGCCCAUGGAGGAGCUGCAGAGGCUCUUCCGCUUCUCCAACCUCUCCAGCUUCCCCGCGCUGGAGAGGUUCGCGCUGAACAUGACGCACGGACAGGGCUACUCCUCGGAUAAACCUUUCCUCAUCUCAUCCAGGGACGCCAAGGAGGCGAUUUACGCGUGGAGGGAGCGGCUCAGUUUGGAUCAGAUCAGUCAGGUGGAGGCCUACUGCAGCGAAGUCAUGAGGCAGCUGGGCUACGAGAAAAACAGAGUGGAGAAAGCCACAUGAGGAACAGAAAUCACUGGGGGUUCUAAUCAAGGUUGAGGGGCAGAAGGUGGAAUAACAAAACAGCCUGCAGGAAUGCAGCCCACCAGGAGCUCUCAAGCGUGCCUCUGGGGUUGUUUUUAUCCUCACCCGAGCUGGGUCGAUGAACUGGAGACAUACUGAUACUGGAAGGGGGAGGAGGAGGAAAAAGAAGGGGGGAGAAAGAGCAGCCAAUCGGAUGUAGUUUGAUUUGAAACGGGGAGAAGGAAGCUUAUUUUCUCACCGCGCUGCCUGUUUGACACCAGCAGGGUCCGUGGAGACGGGGGAGCACAUGGGGAGGGGGAUAAAACAGACGGGGCUGGUUUGCGCUGCUGUUACUCAGGCUGACCUCUAUCCUUUUAGAAACACUAAUCUCCCCCUCAGAUCCUGUUUUAGCGACGGCCAUAAAAAAACCUGAGACGGGCAUUUCUCGGGACAUUAAUCCAGGCUGGCAGCAUCAGGUUCGCCUUUGCUUGUGCCACUGAUCCAUCCGGCACGUCACAGAGCACAGCACCAGACCCUUGAAUUACUGAUUUACUGAUAUUAAAACAGAGACAGGCUCACUAACAGAUCUAAUGCAGAGCUCUGAAAGAAGAAACUACAGUUUUUUUUUUUUGGAAUGAAAGAAAGGAAAGCCAAACGUAAGGAGUUACUGUUCCGCCCCCGGCCUCUCAGGAAUCCAGACAGCUGCAGAGCCCCACUGACAAAUCUCUCACAUGGGUGUGAAAUGUUCUAAUACACCACAAACUAUCCUGGAGAUCAUCAUCCGUCCUCCACCGGCGGACAUCUUCCUUUUUUAAUCCCCAAUGGUCCAAAACAGUCUCACAUGCUGUGAUGUCCCCAUGGAUGUGCUUGAGGGGUUUGGCAGCAUCGAUGUGUUCAACUUCAAAAGUUGGUUCUGUUUUCAUUAUUAUUUAACAUGAAUAUGUGUAAAAAAUGUGAAAGAAAAACUCUUUAAAUAUUUAAAAUUCAAAGAAAUUGUGUUACUGAUUGUAAUAAAUCUGUCAGUCAUGAUCUCUAUGAUCAACCCAGUUGAUUAUUGACCAGCAGAGCAGGGCAGUAAGUUUGGAACAUGAGCUGACUUUGUCCUGAAUGCUUCGCUCAGUUAAAAAUACAACUGGAGCGAAUCUUCAAGGGCAACCAGAAAACAUGUGACAUGCUCAAUCGUAGCCAAUCACAGCUAAUCAUUAUGUACAGUGCCUUGCAGAAGUUACCACAUGUGGUGUUUUCUCAUUUUAACAUCAGAGACCAACACAAAUUUUUGUGUAGAUCAAGAAGGGGGAAUUUUUUUUUUUUUUUUUUGUACCAAAAAAAAA